UGUGUCUCUAUAACUUGAUCAUGUUAGGAGUUAUUCAGCCACUGGGAGACGGGGAUUAUAUCAAGUGGAUUUGUCAAGUAAUAAACCAUAAGGAAAAGAACCAGUAAGACUUCUAUUUUCUUACUGAAACGCUCCUAACUUAGCAGUGAUGUUGCGGCGAUAGCGUAAUGGAUAUCCAGCAUAUUUAAACGGAUUUGUUUUUGGAGUCCCGCUUUGUCCGGAAGGAGUAUCUUAAUCAGUGUCAUGACAGAGUCCUCCAAACCGCAUUCAGGGAGGAGAAUGAAAUUUCCUGCCCCACCUCCACCACAGGCCCCCCAGCCUGCUCCCCGUCAUUUGUUCAGGAACUCUCUACCUGAUGGGGAAGGGACAUCAGCCAUAGAUGUCAGGGAGAACAUCCUGAGGCCCACUGUAGAUUUCCAGCUAACCCUUCCGCGGGGGUACCAGGUUUCUGUAACAGAGGAUAGAAGUAAAGCUUUGAUGGAUUUGCUGGUGGAUCUGUGCGGUCGCCACCAUCUUAACCCAUCACUGCACACCUUGGAGCUGCUUUCCCCCGAGGGUCACUCUUUGGGAUUCAAGCCCAACGCCCUUCUUGGUUCCUUCAAUGUGGCCUGUGUGCUCAUCAAGGAGAAAGUCGUGGAGGAGAAAGUGACGCGUAGACCAGCUCCUAAAGUGCCAGAGAAAACAGUGCGUUUGAUGGUGAACUUCCACGGCAGCCAAAAGGCUGUGGUACGGGUCAACCCGCUGGUUCCACUCCAGGCUUUGAUACCAGCCAUCUGUGACAAGUGCGAUUUUGACCCUGCACAUGUCCUGCUCCUGAAAGACGGCAUUAGUCGCCACGAGUUACCCCAGGACAAAUCUCUGACAGAGCUGGGCAUCAAGGAACUCUAUGUGCAUGAUCAGAGUCUAGUUUUUCAGCCUAAAACGGCUUCAGUCCCCGCUCUGAACAACUCAGAUUCCAUUUAUUCCAGUACUGCUAGUUUGGGAAGACCACAAAAGAAAGGGCUGUUAAAUAUUUUCCCAUUCAGCAAACGGAAAUCAAAGACUGACAGAAAAGCUUUGGACAUGGAUGACUUUGAUGAUAUUGCAAAUCAAAACACAAAAUCCAAUGGUCUGUCCACUGUGUCAGGGUUCUAUGCAGAGGAACGUCCUGGCUCCUUGGAGCAGUCUCAAUCCCUUACUGAUAUUCCCACAAUGCAUGCCAACGCUGAGUCCAAGAAGAGAAGGGCCCCAGCUCCACCUGCUGUCCCAACACCCAGAGGGGGAAAUGCAAGUUCUAAGAGCAAUCAGGUGGGCCCUUUUUCAGAAGGCCCAAGGAAAAGAAAGGCUCCACCUCCUCCACCCACCCCCUCUCCCCUUUCCCAUGACUCUGAUGAUGCUUCAAUACCUGCUGUUCCCAUUUCCAAUCCCCUCAGCAGUGUAAUUCCCACCCCAGUCCCACGCACCAAGACGCCACAAUCACCCACGUUUUCUGAUUCCUCCGUGGUCAUACAGGCAGCAAAAGCAUUUCCUGGUGAAACAGUACCAGAGGCUCCACCCGUGCGUGAUGCCACUCCACGCCUCAGUUCUCCGUCCCCCAGUUCUCCAACCCUGAGCAGCAGCACCACAGACAGCCUGACUGUGCAGGAUUCCAGCUCUGAGCUCAGCCGCAGUCUUGACGACUCAGAUGUUGACCUCGACCAGGCCAGUUCCCACUGCAGCACCAGUAGCACAGCCAGUGGCUCUGUGGAGGUCCAGUCCGCAACAAGUAUGUCCAACACAGCGGCCACCCACCAAAACAAAAAGAUGCAUUCAGACAGCAGUUCCAAGUCAGACACUGAGUCGACGCUAAAUCUGAAACUGGAUGAAGCAGAAAACAACAGACACAGUGGAAUGGCUUGGCUUCAUUCCGGGAAGACUUCAUCCAGUAUCCAGAAACAAGAAACCACUGUGCCUGAGGCGAAGAAUAUUUCGCUAGACAGCAGCAGUGUUCCCGAACAGGGUUCCACAACAGAAGGUGCGGCGGAGGGCGAGGACUCGGGCAUUGUCAGUUCCCCAUCUGACACCCAGACUAUCUCCCCGGAAGGGAGUGUAUCAGCAGAUGGAAUAAGCGGAGACAGAUUAGAGGGAAAACACAUCAGGGAGGCUUCAAGUGACAGUGAUGAGGAAAAUACCACCUGGGGAGAAAAAGACAGAGGUUCUCAACCAGGAUCAGUCAACGGCUUUAAAGAUGACUCCGGGCUCACAGUCCAGCUUCAUCAAACUUUGGCAGAUUUGGAAGCAGACCUUGAAGACCAUUCAGUAAUCAUCUUUGCCAAAGAUAGCCAUGAUACCAAGUCCACAGACAGGAGUGAGGUCCCUGUGUCUGUAGUGGACAUGGAUGUGCCAGUCACAACCAUAGACGAGGUACUGGAGGAAUAUGAGCUUGAUGUUGUAGAGCAUGAAGUGAAAGCACUUACCAAGGCUGAGUCAACUGGCAGCAAAGGCCCCAAUUUCAGUCAUCACUUUCAUGAGGAGCGGCAGAACAAAAACAACAACGCUUAUACAGCUGCUCUUAGUUACAAACGAGGCAGUGCUAGUUCAAAGCUCUCUGAGAAGUCCUGCCCACCUCAGGAGAUCAAAUCUGCAGGUACUAAAAAGGAAAAAAAGGUACAAGAAAUAAAAAUGAAAGAGACUAGGAUUGCUGAUACCGCCACUGUGAUAAAGGAUAUGCAAACACUGCUAUUGAAGUCCAGUGCUGACCUGCAGAAAAAAAGCAAGCCACCUGUGAUCGGAGCUGAUCUUGUGCAACAUAACACUCAGUCCUCACAACAGAAGAAGUCUGAACUUUCAGCUAAGGUUCAGAGAUCACUUUCUCCUGGGAAGGAAGAAGUGAUACAUAAAGUAAACCAGAUCAGCUCUAGUUUUAGUGCCUCACAUGGUAAAAUCAAUCGCAAUGUUACAUCACGCUUCGGUAUGAAAACAUUUACCGUGGUCCCUCCAAAACCCUCAGUCACAGACAUCACCAAGACACAUCCAAAUGAUCCAGGAAGUAGUUUUGCCAUUAAAAUUGACGAUCAAGGGAAUAUGGUGAUGGCAGGCAUUCAACACCUAAAAUCCAGCGAGUCACCUAAAUCAGAGAUUGAAAACGGUAUCACUGUUUGUGAAAAUGCCAAUGCAUUUUGGAGCUCUAACAAAACACAAGAACAUUUGGUGACUCAAAGAAAAGGACAAGUUGAUAAACCUAAUGACAACACAUAUGUCCUUGGCACUGCCUCUGCUGUUAGCUUGGAAGAAAAAUUAAAGACCAGCAAAACAAAGUAUGAAAAAACAAGUGCAGUUUCUAAUCCAACAGUGAUGGUUCAAACUAAAAUGGGGGUGGAAGACAUUAAAAAACAAAUCGACAGUCCAAACAGUGAGUACAUUGAGGUGGAAAGCAAGAUGUCAGUGUCCAACAAUGUUCAGAGGCCAAGUAAUAAACCUUCCCUUCCACCUCCCCUACAUUCAGGCAGGAAACAGCAACUGAACUUUGUCAAACCAUCCAGGCGGACCUCCAGUCAGUAUGUGGCGUCUGCCCUCACUAAAUACACCCCGAAGACCUCAACUAAACCUUCCAGCUUCCCUAAAAUCGCUGACUCAUCUGAGUCAUUGAAAACGGAGAAGGCCACAGGUUUCCAGAAAUCAGUGACUCCAUUCCAAUCGUCCCAGAUAUCUUUAUCAGAUAUUACUGAGAAUGACUCUACUUCCACCAUCACCGUUCCCUGUCCCAAGAGCUUUAUGAGCUUCCCAGUGUACCUAUCACAUAGUCAUAGAGAUUCUGUUCAGGUGAAAAUGAGCAGGGAAAAGUUUGGAAAUGAUGUUGUGGCCAAGAAAGAAGAUUUGGAUACAGCUGACAAAGAAUUAGCCAAGAAAAAUCGCAGUCAGUGCAAUGGAUCCCCAGAAAUAGAAGUUACUAACAACAGCAAUGGUGAUUACAUCAAACACAUUCAAUCUCGAACCCCCAACCCAGCAAAAAGCAGCGCUCCACACUCAUCUUUCAAACCACCCAUAGCCCCAAAGAUUAAACCACACGACCAGAUAAGUGGAGUAAAGGAUUCAUCGAAGGAAGUGAAACUAAAAACAUCAACUACAGUAUCAGACAGCAAUGAGACGCCUCGGUCUGUGGCAGGUGUGACAGUGUUUGGGCCUGUCAAAAAGUUCAAACCAGUCGUCAGUAGAUCUGUUGAGAAAGAUACAUCUCUGCACAGCAACCUAAUGGAGGCAAUCCAGACAAGUGGAGGCAAGGAGAGGCUGAGGAAGAUACCCACUACCACCACCAAUGAUAAGAAAAUGGCCUAUGCUGAAGAAGGCAAUGAAAGGUCUGCUCUUCUAGAUGCUCUUAGAUCUCAGAACAUCAGCCAACUGAAGAAGACAAAAUCAAAGGCCGCCAAUGAGGUUGAGCGUUUCAGAAAGGAGAGCUCAAAGGAGGAGAAAACAGUGGAGGUAUCCCCUUCCCCUUCAUCUUUGACCAGAUCUUCACCUGGCUUCACUUCACCACCACCUCCUAUGAGUGCACCUCCACCACCACCUCCUAUGAGUGCACCUCCACCACCACCUCCUCCUGUAUUUCCACAGGGUAAACCUAACCCUGUGUGUCAUGCCAACGCCUCUUUAAAUCCUGCCUCGGCCAGGGAGGCAUUGCUGGAGGCUAUUCGCUCUGGUUCUGGUGCUGAGAAACUGAGAAAGGUCGCUGCCCCCAAAAAGACUGUCCAAGUAAAUGGCAGACUGGGAACUAUUCAUACAACCUCAAUCCUUCAACAUUGAGCUGGCGACUCCCAAAUCACAGCAACCAAGGAAUCAAGCUGGAAUGUUAAUGAAAUUUUUCAAAUUAGCUUUUGAAGCACAUCUGGACUGAAUCACUGGACAUUUUAGACAAGGUUUUGCACUACAAUGGCUAAAUGAAUAAAUUCCCUCCAUCAAACUGUCUAGUUAGACAUGAUAGAGCAUCUGAUGCCUUAUGCUUUUUUCAAUGCAGUUUUAAAGGAACGGUAUGGUGAGGAUAUUAUUAGGGACCAUAUUUGCCUGUUUGUAGCACUUGCAACAGUCUGAGAAGGUUGUCAAAGGUAAAAUGUAUGCAGUUAAGAUUACACCUACGAUAUGAGAUGGAUCAACGAUGUUUUGGAAAAUGGUUGCAUCCGGUGUUAUAGGAUGAUGAUGUUUCUGAUUAUGUUUUGCCAUUUGUACUUAAAUCCAUACUUAUAGAACACUGUGCAAAAUGUGCCAAUGAAAGUGAAUUUUAAUGGUACACAAAGCUUUAUUUUUGUUCAUAUUUUGGUUGCCUGUACUGCUGUAAGUCACGGAUACCUUACACAGCUGCUGAAUCAGUGUUAUGUGUAUGAUUUUUGCUUUGUAAAUUGUAGAAUGAGUGCAAUGACAGUAUCUGAUGAAGUUUCCAGAUGUGGUGUAUUUAAUAUUUUUUGCUAAUUCAAAUUAUUUCAAGCAUAUCUACACUUAAGGAAACAAUGAUUAGAAAUGCUUGAGGGGGUUGUUUUUUUUUAUGCAGUCCUUGUUGCCACCCUCCACAAUUUUAGGAUAUGAGGUGGAGUUAACUAAAGCUAACUCCCUUGUGCCUGUUUUAUUUUGUUCAUUUUCGAGCUUCCUAGAGGAUAUCUUUCUGCUAGUUUCAAGCUUUUUCAGUACUUUUUUGUUGUUUUAGACAGUGUUGAAGAACUGCUGAGUUUUGUAUAUUCCCAAGGCCACUAUUAAUGAUUCAUUCAGGAUGAUAUGUGUAAGUAAUAUAAAACAGCUGCUUUAAAAACGCUGUAGGAAAACUUAGGUAUCGCCUUAAUUUAAACUUUGUGUUUCUUUCUGAACACUUCCAAUUUAUAUUGUGGGGAAUCCAUGAUUUCUAAUUAACCCAAUAACGGUUAUUUUACAGCCGUUAGUGUAGUAUGUUCAUGCUUAAUCACCUUUAGAAUGAGAAUAGAUUCAGGUACAGUUAAUUGCUGCUGUAUAUUUAAUGGUAAUUUUGACUAAAGGUAGUUCAGUUGACAGCUGUAUAGGGAUUUGUUUAACUACAGUUUCAAUACCGUUUGAUGGUUAAAUUUACAGAUUUAAGCCUAUUGUGCAAUGGUGCAUUUUUCUCUAUAGUGUAAAAUUAAGACAAUUUCUUAGAUUUGACUUAUAUCACUAAUAGAGAGUGUUUCAUAAGCUAUUGUUUUUUUUCCUUGUUCAGAGUUGCACAGUUAUUUUUGUUUACCUACAUUUUUGAUUCAAUAAAUAAUUUUUUAAUCAAGAAAA